CUGCUGGGCCUGGCCGAGCACUUCCGCACGUCCAGCCCGCCCAAGGUGCGGCUCUGCGUGCACUGCCUGCAGGCCGUGCUGCCCCGCAAGCCCCCCGCCAGAAUGGAGGCCCGCACGCACCUCCAGCUCGGCUCCGUCCUCUACCACCACACCCGCAACGGCGACCAGGCCCGCGGGCACCUGGAGAAGGCGUGGCUGAUAUCCCAGCAGAUCCCCCAGUUUGAAGAUGUGAAGUUCGAGGCAGCCAGUUUGCUGUCGGAGCUGUACUGCCAGGAGAAUUCCGUGGAUACGGCGAAGCCCCUGCUGCGAAAGGCCAUCCAGAUCUCCCAGCAGACUCCCUACUGGCACUGCCGCCUGCUCUUCCAGCUGGCACAACUGCACACCCUGGAGAAGGACCUGGUGUCUGCCUGUGACCUGCUGGGGGUGGGAGCAGAGUAUGCCAGGGUGGUGGGCUCCGAGUACACCAGAGCGUUGUUCCUGCUCAGCAAGGGGAUGCUGCUCCUGAUGGAGCGGAAGCUGCAGGAGGUUCACCCUCUGCUCACCCUGUGCGGGCAGAUCGUGGAGAACUGGCAGGGGAACCCCAUCCAGAAGGAAUCCCUGCGGGUCUUCUUCCUGGUCCUGCAGGUCACACACUACCUGGAUGCUGGGCAGGUGAAGAGCGUGAAGCCCUGCCUGAAGCAGCUCCAGCAGUGCAUCCAGACCAUCUCCACGCUGCACGACGACGAGAUCCUGCCCAGCAACCCCGCUGACCUCUUCCACUGGCUGCCCAAGGAGCACAUGUGUGUGCUGGUCUACCUGGUGACAGUGAUGCAUUCCAUGCAGGCAGGGUACCUGGAGAAGGCCCAGAAGUACACAGACAAAGCCCUCAUGCAGCUGGAGAAGCUAAAAAUGCUGGACUGCAGCCCCAUCCUGUCCUCAUUCCAAGUGAUUUUGUUGGAACACAUCAUCAUGUGCCGGCUGGUGACGGGACACAAAGCCACAGCCCUGCAGGAGAUCUCCCAGGUGUGCCAGCUGUGCCAGCAGUCACCCAGGCUCUUCUCCAACCACGCUGCCCAGCUCCACACGCUCCUGGGCCUCUACUGCAUCUCUGUUAACUGCAUGGACAACGCAGAAGCACAAUUCACUACAGCACUGAGGCUCACGACACACCAGGAGCUCUGGGCAUUCAUUGUCACCAACCUGGCCAGCGUGUACAUCCGGGAGGGCAACAGGCACCAGGAGCUCUACAGCCUGUUGGAAAGGAUAAAUCCAGACCACAAUUUCCCCGUGAGCUCCCACUGUCUCCGAGCUGCAGCUUUUUACAUCCGAGGGCUCUUCUCCUUCUUCCAGGGGAGAUACAACGAGGCAAAGCGGUUCCUGAGGGAGACCCUGAAGAUGUCCAACGCCGAGGAUCUGAACCGGCUCACAGCCUGUUCCCUGGUGCUGCUGGGGCACAUCUUCUACGUGCUGGGCAACCACAGGGAAAGCAACAACAUGGUGGUCCCAGCCAUGCAGUUGGCCAGCAAGAUCCCAGACAUGUCUGUGCAGCUCUGGUCCUCAGCCCUGCUCAGAGACCUCAACAAGGCCUGUGGGAAUGCCAUGGAUGCUCACGAGGCAGCUCAGAUGCACCAGAACUUCUCCCAGCAGCUGCUCCAGGACCACAUCGAGGCCUGCAGCCUCCCUGAGCACAACCUGAUCACGUGGACAGAUGGACCCCCCCCCGUGCAGUUCCAGGCCCAGAACGGCCCCACCACCAGCCUGGCCAGCCUCCUGUGAACCACAGUAACUAUUCAGGACAAACCUCCACCAAACAAAAGCCAAAAAACAAACAAACAAACAAACAAAAAAACAACAAAAGGAGAAAAAACACAGACACACAAAAAAAAAAAAAACACGCAAAACCCCUUUUCUGCCAGGAAAAGGCAGCAGGUUCCUCUGGGAGGGAGGCCUUGCUGGGAGAGAGGUGGCAGGAGAGAGGUGGCAGAAGGACAAGAGGAGCCCUUGGUGGGAAGGGCAGCAGGAGCUGCUCCUUCCAGGCAGGAAUAUCCUGGGGUGUGUGUGCUGGUUUGAGCUGCUGCUUUGAGCUGCUCCCCCUCUGGCUGAGAAUUGAGGUUUUUAGUCCAAAGGACUCGUGUUCCUUCACCCUGUUCAGAUCCCUCCUGGUUGGGAGCUCCUGGGAAGCAAAGAGGACUCACUUGGAUCCACGUUGGAUCCACUCCCCCCUUUCCCCUGGAGUGUGGUCCUGCUCUUGUGCCCUCCCUGGGGGUGAUGGGGUGAAAUCAUGAUGGAUUUUGGGGUGCCCUGAAGCUCCCAGUGUAGUUCCUGAGGUGGAAUUCUCCUGGGGUUUUUUUGUGCUGUUGUUGGGGAAGGAGGAGCUGGGGCAGGUUUUGGUGUCCCAGGGCAGAGUGGGACAAAGAGCCACCACUGUGUGUCCCUGUGAGGGCCCCCCUUCCCUGUCCCUGGCCCAGAACCACAGCUCUCUCCUGGCUUUGUGGGGUUUGUGGGAGCAGGAACGUUCCUCUCCUCCUGUCUGAUCCCUUCAUGGGCCAAACAACUGGGGAAAAAACAACCUUUUGCAUCUUUGCUGCAGCCUGGCAGUGAAGGCACCUGUGCCUUAAGGAUUUACAGAGUCAGAGUUAAACCAGGUGGUUAAACCCAGACCCAACCUAAGCCAGAGGCUUAACAUGAAUCUACAGUCUUGCCCUGGGCAAAACUGCCCAGUUUCCAGGCUUUCCCAGGUAAGAUUCCCUGUUCUAGCUCAGCUUUCUGGCCUCUCCAGCUGUGAGUUCUCCCUCCCUGUGCCUGUGCAGCCUCAGAGCAGGACACAGGCUGGGCCUGCAGAGAGCUGGGAGGAGUUAAUUCCAGGUUUUGCCAGGGCCCAGCAGUGCCUGGGGGGUCCCUGGGGUUGAAUAAAGGUGUUUUUCUCCGUUGGUAGCUCUGGAUAUUCAUCUCCCAGCUUAAACAGGGGAGGGCAGAGGAACGUGUAGGGCUCUCAGUGGUUCAGUCAGAGAGGGGACUGACCCCCUAAACCUUUUCUUCAGUCACAGAUGGGUUGGAAGGGACCUUAAAAUCAUCUCACUUCAGCCCCCAGGGCUCAUUUUUCCUUCCCAGUUCCCAUCCCCUCUCUCUCUCAGCAGCUCAGAGGUGUUUUUUUUGCAAUCCAAACCCUUCAGUUUUCCCCUCUGAAGGACAUUCCAGGGACAGGGGUUUGUCCAGUCACCAAAGCAGGAUUUUGUGGUUCCUCCCCCAUGGAGAUCCUGAUCCCAGACCUUGGCUCUGGUGUGUUUUAGGCCUUGUUAAAUCUCCAGAGGGGAAAACGUGGCCUUGACACCACUGCAGGCAGGGAGUCUUGUCCCUGGCAUUGCAAGGAAAACCCUCAGGGCUGUUUAAACUCAAAAAAUAGGAAAGAAAGGUGUGAUCCAGAGGUCCCAGUCCGGGGGGGAUCCAGCUCCUGGGGUGUGCCUGAGGCUCUGAAUCCCAAGGCAUUCCCAUGGGAGCUCCAGGCCAGUGGGCCCCCAGUUUGGGGGGAGCUUUGGGGUCCCACUGCUGCACCCCCCAGGAGCUCAGCACCCCCCCCGUGCUGGGACUGGGGUCAGGAACGACCCCCCCUUGGGAAUGUUGAUGCCCCAUGGGCUGCUCUGCCUUGCCCUGGUGUGGGAAGCAGGAUCUCCCUUUUUUUUUCCUCCCCUCUGGAAGUCACUGAGUUGCAACAACUCAGUUUUUGAGCCCCCAAAUGCUUUUCCCUGCCCUUGGCAGUGCCCUGAGCUCCUGAACGAGGAGCAACUGGAAAAGAGGGGCUUGGAAAGCCAGUCCCAGGCAGGGGGUCCAGGCACCCUCUUGUCUGUCUGUCCAUCCAGCCCGAGGCUGUCAGGAACUGGGUCCCUUCCAGCUCAGGAUAUUCUGUGAUUCACUUUAAUCUCAGCUCUUCAGAAAUUGGCUUUUAAUUUUAGGAGCAGGUUCCCAGAGUGGGUCGGGUUGGGAAGGACCUUAAGGAUCGUCCAAUUCCCACCCCCUGCCACGGGCAGGGACACCUUCCACUAGACCAGGCUGCUCCAAGCUGGGCUUAAACCCUUCCAGGGAUGGGGCAGCCAGGGCCUGAAAUGCUGGCAGGGUCAAAGUGCUGCUCCUGUAGGGCAGGACUGACAGAACCCCCACCCCAGAGAGCUGUGGUUGGGGCUGAGCCUUGGGGGGGAAAAGCCUCUUGCAGGGAGAUGUCCAGCAGUGCCUGUUGGGGAAGGCUCAUUUCCCAACCUCCUCGUGCUGCUCAGGGACCCCCAGAGCUGGAGAUGGGGGGGCAGGGACACAAAUUCCCGGGGACAAUUCCCAGUGUGGCUUCUCCUGGUCCUUGUUGGGGGUGAUCCAGGCCGCUUUGGAGAGUUCCAGGCUGGAACAAAAAGGAAGGGGAGAGAGAAGGAAGGACUGGAGGGAAGGCUGGUGCUGAUCUCAGGGGUUUGGAGCAGGAUCCAUGUGCUGCCACACCAGGAGGAUCCACCUGGGAUCGCCCUGGGCUUGGCUUUGAGCCCAACAAACCCCUCCCCCUGUCCCAAACUCAGCUCCAGAGCCCCCUUCCCACCCCAGGACUCCCAACCCCCGUGUAAAUUUGAACAUAACCCGGUGAUUUUCUAUCUCUCCAGCCCGAUGUACAUCAGUGACAAUGUACAGAAGCUUUUUAACUACACUUGUAUAUUAAAUUAUUUAAUAGUUUUGUUUUUUUUUUUUUUUGCUUUUCAGUACCUUUUGUAUUGUAACAGGGCUGAGGCCCUCAGCUGAAGUUCUGCUCAUUUCCAGUGUGUAAAGUUGAACAGCAAAACUAGAAGUUUACAAAAAUAACUCUGUCAAAGUGCUUGGUCUGUUUGACUUGAUUUGAACAAAUUUCUAACCUGUCUUGUCCAAUCA